GGAGCUUGCGCAAUACAUUUUCUACGGCCCUAGCUGCUGGCAGUGUCUGGGUGCUGUUUGUUGUGUUUACAUUAAGGGGGCGAAAGAACGAUUUUAUUAAGUUAUUACAACACCGAGUCUGUCGCAUGAGGUUACUGGGUGAGCCCCUCCCUGCCAUGAGAGCGGACCACCAGGUCACCAGCCCCCCCUCCUUCUGCAGUUGAUGGAUCUGCAGCUGGUGCAGAGAUGACAGACAGCGUCAGGGCCUUCCUCCGCGAUGUUGCGACGGGGAUCAAGGACUCCAUAUUGGGGAUUGGAACAAUCUCCAAGCUGGAUGCUCGUAUCCAGCAGAAAAGGGAAGAGCAGCGGAGGAGAAGGGCCAGUGGGGCCCUGGCACAGAGACGGGCACAGAGUGAGGAGCGCAAACCGGACAAUGAGCCCAAAGUAGCCAGCAGGAUUUUUCAGUGCUGUGCCUGGAAUGGAGGAGUGUUCUGGCUCAGUCUGUUUCUCUUUUACCGGGUGUUUAUCCCACUGCUGCAGGCUCUCACAGCAAAAAUCAUUGGUGACCCCUCCCUCCAUGGCAGUGUGUGGUCCUGGUUAGAAUUCAUCCUGACCUCUGUCUUCAGCGCUCUCUGGGUCCUUCCCUUGUUUGUCCUCAGCAAGAUAGUCAACGCCAUCUGGUUCCAGGAUAUAGCUGACCUUGCAUUUGAAGUGUCUGGCUGUAAAGCUCAGCCAUUCCCCAGCGUCAGUAAGAUCAUCGCAGACAUGCUUUUUAACCUCCUCCUCCAGGCACUCUUCCUCAUUCAGGGUAUGAUUGUUAGCCUCUUCCCCAUCGAUGCCAUUGGACAGAUGGUUAGCCUCCUCCACAUGUCUCUGCUCUACUCCCUGUACUGCUUUGAGUAUCGCUGGUUCAACCAUGGCAUCGAGAUGCACCAGCGGCUGUCCAACAUUGAGAGGAACUGGCCAUAUUACUUUGGCUUUGGUUUACCCAUGGCUCUGCUGACCGCCAUGCCCUCCUCCUACAUUAUCAGCGGUUGCUUGUUUUCCAUCCUUUUCCCCCUGUUCAUCAUCAGUGCUAAUGAGGCAAAGACACCAACAAAGCUGUACCACUUCCAGCUGCGUCUCUUCUCCCUGGUUGUGCUGAUCAGCAACAAGCUUUUCCACAAGACUGUCCACCUGCAGUCAUCGCUGACGUCAUCCACCUCAUCAGAGAGGCUGUCGACGCCCCACACCUCCCGCCCGCCAGAGGCUGCUGCCCACCCAGUGAAGGAGACGGGAAAGCCGUCCUACAAGUGAGAAAGUGAUUCUUCCAGAAGGAUUGCCCUUAAUGAAGACGAUAUGCGGUUCAGGACAAAGGAUUUACAUGUUUUUGUGUCUCUGCCCCCUCAGUUACUCAUUUUUAUCCUCCUUUUCAGUGUGACACAAAAAUCGACUGACCUGUGCCUCACACUCAAAACACUUUAAAUACUGAGAUCUUUACUUCUUUUCUUUGAAUUUUCUUUCUUUCUUUGUAUAAUGUGCCAUUUGAGUGACCCUCCUUUUAAUAAAUUACAGCACAAGAGAUCACAUAGUUUUGUUUUAAGCAAACAUGACUAAAGAAGGGUGUUUUUCUCUAUGAACGGGCUUGUUUGUGUUCAGAAGCAAAGCACAGUUAUGUUCUCUUAAAGUCACAUCCCUCCCUCACAGAUCAAAUGCACAUGGAUGUGUUUCUCUGUCAAAUUCUGCUGUUCCCACAGUCCCACUUGCAACCUUGUACAAUUGUGAAGGGAGGCUUUUUAGUUUCCAAUAGAGUACACGCAUCAUUUCUGGAGCUGCUAUUAAAAGAACUGGUAACCUUUCGUAACGGAAACCAAAUCACAAAGUCACUCUUGUGUAUUGACAAAACUGUUGCUUGGUGUCCCAUCCCGAAUGAAAAUCUAGAUUCUGCUAAUGUUACAGUGCACACGGUGACACCAGCAAAACAAAAGCUGCGUUAGAACUUUCAGUGUGUUCAUAAGUGAGAUGACACUGCCAAACUGCUACAUCUUUAACUUUACUUUUACCACUUCAACGCUAAGCUCUGUCACAAAGAAGACGUCAUGUAGCUCAUAGCUUUAUAGCAGACGGGUGAUCAGCCUCGACUCGCUUGCUCUAGUGCCCCCCCACCUUUCAGAGAGCUGAUGCAAAUAUAACUGAUCCCCAAAGAUCAUUGGCUGUUUGGUUAUUUUGUGCUGUAUAUAAUGUUAAUACCUCCUGAAUGUUCAGUCGGAAGCCCAGCACCACACAGCGACCCCUGACCUUUGUCUCACCAUAGCUCAUGGAUGUGGAGAGGGGCCAUGAUUUUAAACAGUGUGCAAUUAUUGUAAGAAGAGCAUAGUGUUUGUGCAGAUGGAUAUUUGUGAGUGAGGUUUUGUAAAAGUAAUACUUCUAAUUUGAAUAAAAUUGGUCAGUAUUCAA